AAUCCGGGUCACCAGCCUCCACCUUCCUUCCCACUUCCAAUGCAGAAAUGCAGACGUUUGCUGGGCACGUGUUCCCUCUCCUCGACACGCCUCCCUCUCCUCCUCGCAGUCCCCUCAUCUGACCAAAGCUCCUCCGAGUCAUUUCCCCUCUCUGUCCAUCCGCUACCGCUUCUUCGUGAUCUCUAGCCCUAUCAACGAAUUGUCCCUCCACCCCGCGAUCGCAAGCUCGCCGCUUUGAUCCCCGCUUAGUUGUUGCGCACACACAGAGGGGAGAUGGAUGUGCAAUACCAUGAGGAGUACGUGAGGAAUCCGAGGGGGGUGCAGCUCUUCACAUGCGGCUGGCUGCCUGCUUCUUCCUCGCCCAAGGCGCUCGUCUUCCUUUGCCAUGGGUAUGGCAUGGAAUGCAGCGUCUUCAUGAGAGCUUGCGGGUUCAAAUUGGCCGCGGCUGGGUAUGGCGUGUUCGGGAUCGACUACGAAGGCUAUGGCAAGUCCAUGGGCGCCAGAUGCUACAUCCAGAAAUUCGACCGCCUCGUCGCCGACUGCGACCGCUUCUUCAAGUCCAUCUGCGACCUGGAGGAGUACCGGAGCAAGAGCCGGUUCCUGUACGGCGAGUCCAUGGGCGGCGCCGUCGCCCUGCUGCUGCACAGGAAGGACCCGGCCUUCUGGGACGGCGCCGUCCUCGUGGCGCCCAUGUGCAAGAUAUCGGAGAAGGUGAAGCCGCAUCCGGUGGUGGUGACCCUCCUGACGCAGGUGGAGGAGCUCAUCCCGACCUGGAAGAUCGUGCCCACCAAGGACGUGAUCGACUCCGCCUUCAAGGACCCCGUCAAGCGCGAAAACAUCAGGAGGAACAAGCUCAUCUACCAGGACAAGCCGCGGCUCAAGACGGCGCUGGAGCUGCUCAGGACCAGCAUGGACGUCGAGGACAGCCUCUCCGAGGUGACCAUGCCCUUCUUCAUCCUGCACGGCGAGGCCGACACCGUGACCGACCCGGAGGUCAGCCGCGCGCUGUACGACCGGGCCGCCAGCACCGACAAGACAAUCAAGCUCUACCCGGGGAUGUGGCACGGCCUCACCGCCGGCGAGCCAGACGACAAUGUGGAGCUGGUCUUUGCCGACAUCGUCGCCUGGCUCAACAAGCGCAGCCAUCACCGCAAGCCUGAACACGGCGGCCGGGUAACAAGCGCCCCGUCGGAGCCUGCAAGGUACCAACGGCGGCCGGUUUCCGGCGGCAGCGGCAUGGACAGCCCGGUGUCGAUGCCUCGGCGCCGAGGCCGCUUCCUCUGCGGGCAAUGUAGAAUGUAAACAUGCAACUGUUUUUGUAAGGAAAAAGAAGCAGCAGAUGAUGAAAGCAUGUAAAUAGUGUGCUGCACGAAUGCUCAGUAAACUGAAUAAAAUUUUGCUCCA